GGUUUAGUUUAGUUUAGAAUGUCAAAUAUGAGGCUGAUACUCGCAACCCUGCUGGUGGGAAUCUGCUCAGCUGCCCGUUUAGACAACACAUACCUUCCACCAGGAAAUGGCAAUGGAAAAGGAAAUGGUAAUGGUAAUGGUAAUGGAGGCGGUAACGGUAACGGUGACGUUAUCCCAAUUAUUUCAUACGAAAAUGUUAACAAUGGCGAUGGAAGUUAUAAAUGGAGCUACGAAUCAGGCAACGGCAUUAAGGCUCAAGAAGAAGGAGAACUUAAACCCGGCGGCGAAGAAGGAAUCCAAUCCGCAGUAGGUUCUUACUCAUACACAGCCCCAGAUGGAACGGAAAUCAAAGUUGAAUACACUGCUGACGAAAACGGUUUCGUACCAGUCGGUGACCACCUCCCCACACCACCCCCAAUCCCACCAGAAAUCCAAAAGGUUUUGGACCAAAUCGCUGCCGAAGGAGCUAACGGUGGUGGAAAUGGAAAUGGAAACGGAAAUGGAUAUGGUGGCGGUAAUGGUGGUGGUAAUGGAGGAGGUAACGGCGGAGGUAAUGGAGGUGGUAACGGAGGAGGUAACGGAGGAGGCAACGGAAAUGGAUACCGUUAUUAGAAGCAUCCCAUCAAAACGACGCGCCAGUUACCUUUUUCCAAUCAAGCAACGUUAUUAUAUAAGAAUAUUUAUUUAAGCAUUCUGCCAAUGUAUAUAUUCAUAGAGAAUCAUUCAUAUUAUAUAAUGUCCUUUCAUUUGGGCGUAAAUAAUAAAAUAUAAAUAUAAAGUAUGUCUAAAAAUUCAGUUUUAUUUUAAACCAGCCAAAAGUAGCUUAAGAGUUUUUGUCGAAACAAACUUUUCUAUUCUCAUAUGAGUAAGAAAUGAAUUAAACUUCUAUGAAAUAAGGAUAUAACUGGUGGUAUCAGUGAAGUAUAAGUGCAUUUCUAUCUUGGUGCAUACAUACUGAGUUCUGUCCCUCAUUAAGACUUUAAAAAGGUUCAUUCUAAUUAGAGCAUUUGCUUCCUUUGCAAAAUGGUGGUCAUUUGCCUCCUUCUUAUCCAGUAUUCAUAUAUAAGACAAAAAACUAACAUCACCACAACCUAAUAGAAAAUUUAUGAGCAAGUGAUUCAGAACCUAAACGCACUAAACUGUUUCAGCUUAACAUCUAACCUUAAUCUUUAAGUUAGUUUUUAAAACUUAUCUAUCUCACUUAAUAAUUACUUGAAAACGUUGGUUAAAAAAGAUAUCGCGAUCGAAAAGGAUUUGAAUAUGCUUUUAAUUUAUUAUUCUAGGUUUUGUUGUCCCCAAAGAGACCUUUAAUAAAUUAUUUUAGGCCAUUUUCCGAAUUUGUUAGAAAUAUUCAUCUUUUGUGUCCAAUAAGAAAAUUAAGAUAAAUAACUGUGUACCUCAUGUUUUUCUUUGAACAAAUUUUCAUUUUCUAGAAGUAUGACGAAGUAGUUGCCACUCCUAUUUUUUUCAUUAAUCAGUUUAAAAAUAAAUGCACGGUCAUAUCAUGACUGCGUUCUUUCAACUCUAAAAACUUAAACAGAUAUUAAAGAUUUAAAGCUCUAUAAAGCAACACACAUGUGAAAAGAUUUGUUUAUCUCAUUCUUGUUAAUAAGAGUAAUUUAUUCACCUUUUUCUUUAGUGCGUUAUUUAGGAAAAUAUGUUUUAGAUAAAACUUCUAGAAACGACUUUGUUGUAUUACAAAGACCAACUUUGAGUUCCACUUUAUUGACUGGUUUUUAAUAACAACGUUUCCCAUAUCUUCUAUAUUUAAGAUUUAAAUAUUAUACUUUUAUUAUUUGUUAAACUCAAAUAUCUCAUUUUCAAAUAUCUGAAAUAUAAAUAGUUUGUAGACUUUUAAAAUAUAUGUAUAAUACUAAUAUAUUUACGCCUAAACACAUUACCAAUCCAAAAAGGAUCUUUCAUAUCUGUUUUAUAUCUUUGUUUUCCUUUUUUGGGUUGGUAAUGAAACUGUUACCAAAAUAUUUAUUUCCAAUUAUUGUAAACGAUAAACAUGGCUGACGACUAUGCUAGAACAAGGCUAAUUGAUCGAUAUUAUGAUUUUUUUAUAUAUGUACUUUCAUUCGUGUGAUUGUCUCAUUUCACUAUUUAUUGUUAACUGAGUGAAAUAUGUUGCUAUUGCUACAUUUAUUGGUUGUGCACUUUAAGUUAUAUUAUGCAAUUUUUGUCAACGCAUUAUAUGUUUUGUCUUA